CCAUGUGGUCUAUUGUGUGGUUGAUUUCGCUAUGUGGUCUAGCCUAUGGAGCAUCCAGACUUGAUCCUCUAGUGUCCACUAAAGGAGGUCUGAUUAGAGGACUCCAGUUUGGUGAUGGAUAUGCCAAGUUUUUAGGAGUGCCAUAUGGUGUUGUUGAUCCCAAUAAUCCUUUUGGGCCGUCAGUACCACAUCAAGGCUUCGAAAAUACAUUUGAAGCAUACGAAUCAAAAUCGUGUCCACACACACAGUUCAACAGCAAUGCCGCUGUCGGUACUAUCGACUGCCUCACUGUCGACAUCUACGUGCCAAGCACUGCUAAUUCACGGAACCCAUUACCUGUCAUGGUAUGGAUACAUGGUGGAGCUUUCAUCGGAGGUAGCAAUGGAGAUGAAGCCAACGAACCAGUGUCACUACUCAAACACGAUGUUAUCGUAGUAGCUGUGAACUACAGACUUGGUAUCUACGGCUUUAUGUGCCUCGAUAUACCUGAAGUACCUGGCAACCAAGGACUCAAAGACCAAACACUAGCUCUCAGAUGGGUGCGUGACAAUAUAGCUGCGUUUGGAGGAGAUGAAAACAAAAUCACUAUAUUUGGUGAAAGUGCCGGUGGUAUGUCCGUUAACAUGCACUUGUUUUCUCUUAAUGAAAAACUGUUUGAUCAAGCUAUUAUACAAAGUGGUCCAGCUCUAAGUUACUGGAUGAUGGUAGAAUCAAAUAAUACUAUACCUUCAAGGCUAGCUGAGGAACUAGGUUUUGUUACUUCUGAUAUAAAUGAAGCUCUUAGAUAUCUUGCUACUGUUGACCCACAUUUGCUAGUCCAAGUAGCUAAAGACUUGAAAAUUUCUAGUGGAUCUGGCAAUGAUCAACCUCUAACAAAACCAUGCGUUGAGAAAGAAUUUGAAGGAGUAGAUAACUUUAUCACAGAGCAUCCCAUGAAUACGAAAUCAACUAAAGUAAGUAGGAUGCCUAUUAUCAUUGGGAACACUGCAAGGGAAUUCUUCUUCCAGUACGCUUAUCAAGAUGAGAAAUUUUUCGAAUCUUUCGAUAUAAAAACUUUAUUUGAAAUGGGAUUCAAUGUAGACAGUGAUUUUGAAAAAGCCAUAGAUGACGUGAAACAUUUUUAUCUUGGGGAUGAGAAAAUACAACAGAAGGUUGUUGAAGAACUUAUUGAUUUUGGAACUGACUUAAUUUUUGGUCAUUCAACACAGAGAAUGGCUGAGAAGCUCUUAGAAAGUGGUGCUGACAAAGUGUACCGAUUUAUAUUCUCAUAUGGUGAAGCAAGUCAUGGAGAUGAAAUCAGGUAUUUGUUUGACUCGACGAUGGGGAAAUCAGAAAAUGAACCGGACUCUGAAAAGGCGUCAGUUAAAACACGACUUACUACCCUAUGGACGAAUUUCGCAAAGUAUGGAAAUCCAACACCAACCUCCACAGACCUGCUACCCUUCACCUGGGCUCCAAUCACGAAGACAUCACAACCGUACCUAGACAUGGAUACAGAAUUUACCAUCAAGAGCAGACCAGCUCAUGACAGAAUGGCAUUCUGGGACAUAUUCUACAAACUCUAUGGACAACACCAGAAAUGGUACAAAGAGCAAUAAAGAAUAAACUAAC